CUCUCUCUCUCUCUAGAUUUGUUCCUCCAUGGGAGGAACUCCAUUAAUGUUGAAGCUUGGUUCUUGCGUCCCUAUAGGAGAUGUAUUAAUUGAACUAAGAAUUUCUAAAAUUGAGUUUUUGAUUAGUGAUGAGUUUCAUGGUUUCAGCAAAAAUCUCUUCUUGGAAAAGAGACAGUUCCUGGGUUUCACAGUAAUUGAAGAAUAAGUCCUUGAAAUGGGCUGUUUGAUUGAUGGUCUUUCAUCAAUCUUGGAAAAGUUCUAUAGCUGCAUUUACUGACGUGAUAGUUUCAUCACCCACAGGGCCUUCUGUGAUGCACUGGCUCAAGAGAGUGCAAGGCUACCCACCGGGUUAAACACAAUGGGAAGCCAUUUAUAUGGAAGCAGCACAAUGGGCUUAGGGUUAUCACAAGUGGGUUCACAGAUUUCCUCAUUACAAGAUCAGAAUCACCCAUCAAGUGAAUUACUGCGACUUGGUGGCGCCGCCGGAGGAGCACAAUUCGAUCACCUCAUCUCACCAUCAAAUCCUUCUUCGUCGUCCUUCCGUCCACCACAACCGACCCAUUCAUCUGCCUUCUUCCUCACAGGGACUUCCAGCCAAGAAUUUCAUGAAGAACCCCAAUCCCACCAUGGGCUGUUACAAACUAAUAAGCCCUUUCAUGGGCUAAUGCAACUUCCUGAACUUCAAGGUAACACAAACAAUUCCUCUUCUGGUGCAGCUGGAGGUGCUGCCAAUCCCUUCAACCUCGGCUUCUUUUCCCAUAGCAGCACCAACAAUAGCAACAAUGCCAACAGUAAUAACAGUCACCUGACCUCUUCUGGGUUACUAAUUCCUGAGCAGUUCCAUAAUGGAAAUGCUGGUGGAGAAGGAGUUUCCCUCUUUUCAGGUAACUUAAUGGGUGAUCACAUUGGUCCAAGUGUCUCUUCUCUUUACAGCAAUUCAGUGCAAAAUGACACAGUCAAUAUUCCUCAAAUGUCUGCAACUGCAUUGCUUCAAAAAGCUGCUCAAAUGGGCUCAACAACAAGCAGUGGGAGUGGUUCUUUACUUAGAGGCUUUGGUAGUUCUUCAAGUGGUCCUAAAUCUGACAGGCCUCAACACUUGAUUGCUAACUUUAGGGCUAAUUUUGGAGGAGGUGGGGGUGAAAACCUAAGGGCAUCACAGUUAGAAAAUGAAAACCAGCUCCAAGAUCUAAUGAAUUCUCUAGCAAAUGGUAGCUCCUCCAUUAAUUUUGGAGCUCCUUCGGGAGGAGUCCCUACCUAUGGAGUGAGUGGCACCAGUGGUGGACAUGAACAAGAGACAAACUUCGGCGGAUUCAAUCCAAAUCGAAUGUCAUUGGAACAUCAUCAUCAUCAUCAUCGUAAUACAAAUUUUGGUAACAUGGAGGAACCAAAGUUGCAUCAGAAUCUCACAGUGAGUCUUGGAGGAUCUGAUAGGCUAACCAGGGACUUCUUAGGUGUUGGAGGAAUGGUAAGAGGCAUGGGUGGUGGGAUGUCACAAAGAGAUCAUCAACAACAUCAUGGCAUUGAUAUCAGCUCCUUGGAUCCAGAAAUUAAGUCAGCCACCGGUCGAUCCUUCGUAGGUGGCGGAAAUCUGCAGUAAAGAUAAACUGAGGAGUAAGAAAGAAAGGAUAUUAGGUAAGUAACUUAACAAACUUGGUCAAUUUGCUUUGAGUUGGAGGAGGAACUGUGAGUAGCUGUUUUGAUUAUAGAUAGUCAGGCAGCUGUUUUUGUUCCUUAUAUAUAUAUAUAUAUAUCUAUCAUUUUUCCUUUUUCACUCUAUGUUUUUGUUUUUCUCCUAUUCCUCUCUUGUACUGGCUAUCGCUAGAAGGGAGAGUUACUGAAAUAAAAAUGGACUACCUUUCCUGCA